AUGGAGCCAAUGUGGAGGAGAUUCUUAACGGGUGACUGGAUCAUUCUUAGAUGUGAUGCUGGUCGAGAGCUUCAUUCUGUGAGAUAUAAGUGGUUCGUAAACAACACUAUCAAAGAGUUCAGCGAGAAGAUUUACACCAUUGAGGCUGCUGGAAUAGAGCAUAAUGGGGAAUACAGAUGCCAAACUUUGACACAAACAACAGCCGACAGUAACAGCAUUCUCGUGAGAGUAUCCGAAAGUCCAGUGAUACUGCAGGUGGAUCCCAGACUGCAGAGAGAUGGUGAUCCCAUCACACUGAAUUGUCGGUGUACCCAGGACCAUGUGUGUGGGACAGGACAAAUUUACUUCUACAGAAAUGAGACCCUCCUGAACUCUGAUUCCAUGCCUCACAACGUCCAUCGUAUCCACCGAGCAACCCUAAUAGAUUCAGGGUGGUACCGCUGUGCGAUUUUCCAGAACCUUUCAGAAUUCCUGUCCCUCUGGAUGGAAGUCACUGUCCAGAUCCCUGUGAGCUGCCCAUCCAUCAGCUCAGAUCUGAAGGAGCCCGCUGUGUCCAUCGGUGACCACUUUCCCAUCCGGUGUACGUCUGAAAAUGGGACACUGCCUAUAAACCUCAUGCUUUACCACGACCACCACCCCCACCCCCUGAGGAACACAACAGUCGUUGACUCCAGGACAGCCACCUUCCAUGUCACCGUGCCACCUGAUGGGGAGGGCGCUGCGUACUCCUGUGGUGCUGCCAAUGCCGUUGCCCACGUUAUCAACUGCAGUGAGCCGCUCGUCCUCACUGUGUCAGGUCCCUCUGGGAAAUUUGCUCUGCAGGUCGGAGGUUCUGCUGUUGCUGCCGUUCUCCUCAUUGUUUUCCUGCUUCUGUUUGCUGUCUGCAAACUCCAUCAUAAAGAGAGACAUCAGGACACCUCUGGUUCCCAAUCCAGGAGAGACACCAGCAGCCCCAAUCAUGAUGAAAUUGUGUACUCUGUUGUCCAAGCAAAGAAGAAAGAAGGAGGCUCCGUCAGGACAAGAAGAGAACCACAGGAGUCUGACAGUCGUGUGACUUAUGCGUCAUUAAUGUACCUUGAAACACCAAAGGUCCGAGAGGCAAGUGCCAGAGGGGAGGAAGAAAAUGGCUCGUCCAUCUACCAGAACUUUCAGAGGAGGUAGUCACAGAGAUCUGCUGCCCCUGCUGAUGAGGAAGAGAAGUUCCUUCUGGUGGCAGGCAGGGGUCUGUUCAUUUGUCAUCUUCAACUGAAGAAUGGACCAAAUCAACAUGGGAACUUCACAU